AUGAGGGUUGCGGAGUUGGUUCAACAGCCCGGUCGUGACCAUCUUCCGUAUCUCACUCCGUAUCCACAUGGACGGGGUCAAACAUGGUUCAACCGAUCCGGGAACGGGAUCAGCGCAUGGAUCAACCGUAUGAUGUACUCGGCCCUCGACAGUGGACAUCCGACUUUCACUCACUUCCCAACCGACAAGCAGGUUCUGUGGUUUCGUCAGUUUGCGCAAGAGUUCAACUGGAAUUCCGAUGAGACGCUCUUUAUCUAUCACCACUUCGUCCAUAAAGUAAUGGACAACUAUGGGAAGCAGAUCCACGAGUGGAAGAAGAAGUGGGAAAUCAAUAAGGUCCCAAAGUCGAUGAACGAUACGGUCUGGAAGGAGUUGUGUGCGCAUUGGGAUAAGGAGGAGACGAAAGAAACUUCUUCCACCAACUCCACCAACCGCAGGAGCGACCGUAAAGGGAAGGGCAUCUACAAGCAUAACUUGGGUGCUCAAUCUAUUGCCACUCUCGGAGAUCGCAUGGCGGAAGAAAAUGAUGGCGAGCCGGUCGAUGAUCUCGCCCUAAUGAGGAGGGCGUAUACCAACAAGAAGACCGGCCAGAUUGAUGACGGUCUUGUGAGGGACGUGGUCGACCUGGUCCAAACUCAGGUGGUAGACGAAGUGUCUCAGCUUCAAACCGAGGAUGACGCUUCGACGGCUUCGACCAACUUGUCCCGGUUUCGAAUCAACGAAAUCGUUGAAUCCUCGGUUCCAAAGAAGAAGGGACGUUUGUUCGGUUUGGGUCGUCGCACCCGGUCGGUUCCUCCUUCUUCUGCACCACCGCCCUUUGUUGAUCCAGAAGUACUUACGGCUCAGUUGAAGGACAAAGAUGAUCGAAUAUCUUUGUUGGAGACCCAGAUGGCGGCUCAACAGGCGGGCUAUGAGGCACAGAGGAGGCUGAACCAGCAAAUGAUGGAGAUGAUGCAGAGGAUGUACCCGAACGAGGUGUUCCCGGACGUGCCAGACCCGGACAACUCCCUCGGAAAAUUCCGAGGAACGGAUCCCUCGGAAUAUACCGAGGGAACAGUUCCUCGGGAUAAACCGAGGAAAAAGUCCGUCGGUAUACUCCUAUCGAUCGAUGUAUAUAUGUCCAAACACGCAUCGAUCGAUGAACUUCCGAGGAAUUAUCCCGACGAAGUUCUACCUCGGUAUAUUCCGAGGACUUUUCCGACAAACAAGGGAUCCUCGGAAUUUCCUCGGAAAUUUAUUUCCUCGGAAUUCCGUCGGAAAAUUCCGAGGGAUUUCAGAGGAAAAAAGAAAUUCCGAGGAAUUAUUUCCGACGACGUGUUUCGUCGGAAUUGCGUCGGAAUAACGGUAUUCCGACGAAAUUCCGACGAUUUUUUCCCUCAGAAUCCUUGA